ACCCACAUUUCCUAGGAAAACACAUCGUUUUCUGUCCAACUAUCCAUCUGCCACCUUUAAACCUAACCUGCAAACCCAACACAGAGAGACCAUCUAUCUAUCAAACUUCGCUUUUCUCUCUCUUUUUUUUUUUUUUUAUGAGUUUUUCGCCAAAACCUUCAUUUCCCAUUACACCCUUUUGGCUUUUGCAACGAAACAACAAAGACCCAACAGCAACUACCGACCGCACAAAAGCAGGAAGCAGCAGAACAGCGUUGUCGUGCUUUUCUUUUUCUCUCACUAUGAUGGGUCUGAGCAAGCUCGGAACCGCGAUAAUGGCGGUGACGGCGUUUACUCUGGUGGCCCUGGCCGCGGAGAUCGUGUACGUGCUGUGGCAACGGCGUCAGAGGCUCCGUCCGCGCGUGCGCGUGGAACCGCAGGAGGCUUCGCGCCAGUGUUCUACCUCGUCUUCUCCGAGCGAUGAUGACUUGGACCUGGAGCUGGAACAGCACGUGAUGAAGUGGCACUGUCUUAACGGUCCCUCUAGGGUGCUCUUCACCAUUAAGGAGGAAGAGAGAGAAGAGGUUGAGUCCGAUAACGGUAACGGUAACAGUUCGUCCGUGGAGUGUAACAAAAAGAAGUGGGUAAGUGAACGCGUGGCGGUUGACGAGGUCGCCAUCGCCGUCGCCGUUGAAGAAUUGUUGGACGAAACGACGCCGUUUUCAACGCCGUGUGCUUCACCUCCGUACUACACGCCGUACGCUUCGCCGAGUCGCGAGGAGUGUCGUAAAGAUGAAAACGACGGUUGUUAUGGUUAAACAGCAGCACCUCGUACGUUAUGAAGAGGCUAUCUGUUUGACGAUCAAGAGGCGCCUAGACGAUCACCGCGUCAAGGACUACACAUCUGACCGAUUAAUUGGGUGAAUCGAGCGG